AUGACGACCCCAGUACCCUUACAAUUAGAGCCUCUGACACUUGAGGAUACGCCUGCUCUUACUGAGCUAUGGUUCGCAGCCUUCACGGACCCAGAACUCCGCCGCGUUUUCCCCGACACGCCCGCGGUCCGCCAAUGGCUAACAGACGCAAACCGCCACGACCUCACCCACAAACCCUUCCAAAAAUACAUCAAAGUAAUCGACCCUAUAUCAACAGAUCAACAAGGCAGACCCCGUAUCGCCGCCUACGCAAAAUGGGAUACCUCCAUGCCCGAAGAGCGCGGUGGUCGCUAUCCACCUUGGCACGAGGAAAUGUCCGCGUCUCUGUGCGAUGAGUUUUUCCGCAAGGAAGAGGAGAAUAGAAUGCGUGUUAUGGGUGAGAAGAAGCAUUUUUACCUGGAUACUGUUGCAACACAUCCGGAUUAUCAGCGUCGUGGUGCUGGGUCUAUGCUCGUUGGAUGGGGUUGUGAGCUUGCGGAUUCUCAAGGUGUUUUGGCUUAUGUUGAUGCUAGUAAAGAGGGUGCGCCGCUUUAUGCUAAGUUUGGGUUUGUGGAUUAUAGCAAGCCUGGUGAAGAGAUUGCUUCAAUGGCGCGCAUGGCGGGCAAACAGCCAUGA